UGGCAAGAUCGUGGUGUGGAAGGCUAGGAUGAAUGAUCUGGUACGUAGAACAAGGCGAACUGGCACAGGACAAAGGGAGACGCAGACUAUAUAUACACACACAAGGGGCAACGAGGAACAGGUGGAGAACAUUAGGGUGAGGUAGACAAUCAGACACAGGGAACACAGGAGGAAGGGCAAGUCACCUGACACAGACGGGGAAAAGAUUUUCAAAAUAAAACUCACAAGACAUAAUACAAGACAAAAACCUAACAACGGGUUCGAGACAUGACACUGUGCUGCAAAUUCUAGUUAAUAGAAUUGUUUUUAGCUUAUUCUAACAAGCUAGAAAACUGUAGACUGUAGUAGGUGUAGUGAGCAAGUAUGAGAACCACUGAUCCUAAAGCAUUCUAGUUUUUAUAACAUUACAGUGUUAGGGUGAAGGGCAGCCAAAAAGUCCUGAAUACAAAAAUUAUGAAAAACAUGUUAAUGGUCUACUCUACUCUAUCUCACUACUACAUAGUUCACAAAUGUUUUUAUAACAAUUUUCUGACAUGUGCAAAGUGCUUUGAAACAAAUCUCAUAAUUUCCUUACACACACACUCUAAAGACCUUUGUGGUCCUGUUAUAGUGAGGCAGAUUCAUUACACCCACGAGUGAGGCCCACCCUCUCCAGAACAGUUUUGCUAAUAACAGGAAACAUAGCCAUUGCUGCAGAUGCUAAUAAGCAGCUGCUCAGAGCCUGAGACAGCCUGAUUACAGCAGGAAGAGUGCAGUUAACAUUCAAAAUUGCUCUGAAACAUCAGAUGCAACUAAUCUACUUGCUAGCUAUUUUUGCAAGGCUGCAAAGAAAAUGGAGCAUAAGCAGUUAAAAUGCUCCUGGGAAAGGUGUUUGUGUCUGUUUAAUCUUUUAAUCAUGCUUGUUUGAUACGCAUCAGCAGAGAUUGUUCACCCUGCCAUUGAUUAUGUAUCAUUUAUGCUUUGAUAACACCAAGGUGCACUUUCAACCUCAGAUUCAACUGAUGUGUGUGUUUUGCAGCUGCAGCACAACAGGCUCCAUCAUGUCCCUGAAGAGUGAGGACAAUUUGUAGCCAGUGGGAUGUUAGAGCUUUGGAAGCAGCACUGACUGAAGGAGCAUGGUGAAACAUCAACCCCUCCAGGUCUAUGAGCGGCAGCUCUGUUUGUCAUGUAUCACUGGGAUCUACGGUUGCCGAUGGAAACGCUAUCAACGUUCCCAUGAUGACACCACCAAGUGGGAGCUACUGUGGUUCUUCAUCCUCCUUUUUACCUUCUGUCUGCUGCUGGUCUGGUUCUACUUCUGGUGGGAGGCACAUAAUGACUACAAUGAAUUUAACUGGUUCCUGUACAACCGCUCUGGGGAGUGGAGUGAUGGCACUGCUCCCAUCCUGGCCACCACUGCUGCUGGCUUCACCUAUAUUGCGUUUUUAAUGGUUUUAGCACUUUGCCACAUUGCACUUGGGCAACAGUUGAAUUUGCACUGGCUCCAUAAGAUAGGAGUGACCACUGCUUUGCUCACCACUCUUGUUGGGGUGAUAUCUGUGAAUCAAACAUGGGGGCAAGAGUGGGAUAUAAUUCCCAUCUCCCUGCAGGCCACAGGUCCAUUCCUGCACAUCGGGGCUCUUGCUGUGGUCACAGCACUGUCUUGGAUCAUGUCUGGACAGGUCGCCCAGACAGAAAAAACAUUGUUCCAGGCGAUGGUCGUGCUGUUGUAUCUCAGUGUAUUACUAGGACUCUAUGUGGUCCCCCUAUAUAUCACCUCCCCAUGCAUCAUGGACCCUGACACCCUCAAGCCACGGCCCGAUGUUAUUGGUCACCAGGGAGCCCCCAUGCUCGCUCCAGAGAACACACUGUGGUCCUUCCAGCGAGCUCUGCAAAUGAACGUCACUGGGUUGGAGGCUGACGUGGCUAUCAGUACGGAUGGUGUGCCUUUCCUGAUGCACGAUCUUACCCUGCGGAGGACCACAGACGUAGAGAAGGUUUUUCCAGACAGACAGAUGGAUGAAGCCUCAAAUUUCAACUGGACAGAUCUGCAGCAGCUCAACGCUGGACAGUGGUUCCUCAAGGAUGACCCCUUCUGGACAGUGCACACUUUGGCUUUGCAUGAGAUAGAACUGAUCGCCAACCAGAGUGUGUGCAGCCUGGAGCAGCUUUUAAAGCUGGCCUCCUAUCACAACACCACAGUGGUUUUCAGGCUGCGGAGGCCUCCUCCAAAGCACCCCUGCUACCACAGCUGGAUCAAUAAUACACUGCAAGCUGUGCAGAAAUCUGGGGUUCCUCAAAGCCUGGUGAUGUGGACUCCCGAUGAGCACAGAGCUCAGGUGAGACAGUUAGCACCUGGUCUGAUCCAGACCUCGGUGGAGAAACAGAGCUCUCAAAGUCUGCAGCAGGAUGGCAUCAGCAGGCUGCUGCUCAGAUACAAUCAAGCCAGUACUUGGGAAAUCAGAGACUUCUCCAAGACCCACAUAAACCUCACCCUCUACACCGUCAACGAGCCCUGGCUGUACUCAGUACUAUGGUGCAGUGGAGUGUCUUCAGUCUCAUCAGAGGCCCCGCAUAUACUCCGAAAGGUGCCUUACCCAAUUUGGCUCAUGAGCCCAAGUGAAUAUUGCCUGAUGUGGGUGUCUGCAGACCUCAUCUCCUUUGCUGUAGUAAUGGGAAUAUUCAUUUUCCAGAAGUAUCGGACAAGCGGUAUGCACAGCUACAACCCUGAACAGAUCAUGCUGAGUGCUGCAGUCAGGAGGUCCAGUCGAGACAUCAACGUCAUGAAGGAGAAACUGAUCUUCUCUGAGGUGAGGAACGGAGUUGGCAGUGCUGACGAGCUGUACGGAGACAACGGCUACGACUACUACAGCAAUCAGGGCAUUAGCCAGUGAUUGAACCUCAGCCGGUGUCAUUUUGCUGUCGCAAGAUGGAAAAAACCACAACACACAUCAUUCAUAUUUAUCAGUGUAAAGUAUUUUUUCUUCCCCUCUGCCCUACUGAUUAACUGACAGACUGCUGUAUCUGGCAGAGACACCAAUUGCCCAUUUGUUCUGGGUACAUUCUGUAAAUAGGUUUUUUUUCCCCUGUCAGACAAGAACUACAAGCACUUUUUAUUGAUAGAAUUCGCCAAAUCUGUGGCCUCCUCCUCCCACAUUUCAGUGUCCAAGAGGUCCCUCUGAGUUACUUCUGGUGCUUCUUUUUAAAUAUGACUUUCCAGAUUCUUUAUUUUUAGUAAAUUUUCCAAAGCAGUUUAUUAUUUUAAGCAGUGCAACUGAUAUUUUUCUCUUAGAAGAUGAAUUUCUUUUUUUUAAACAAGGCUUUAUUGCAGCAUAAGGCGAAAGACUUACAGCUCAAUAUGUUCCUGUCAGCACUCCAUGGUGCUGUAGAUUGCAAUAGUACAAAUAUUAAUAUUUAUAUUUAAAGAGAAAACAAACAAAAAACACAAACAUGAUGUUUACUGAAAUUUUGCCUUCUCCUCCAGGUGAAAUAUUCACAUGGUGGAUGUAAGAUAAUUAUUUUAUGGAGGCUAAAUGCCCUCCUGGUCUACUUUUGACCAGUGCAUGGAACUGUAAGAAUCCUAUCAACUGACUUGUGUGAGUUGUGUUCCCAUUGCAACCAAAAGAACUGGUAUAAAUGUUGGAAGAUAAAGAUUUGUGCUGUCUUUUUAUGGUUAUUGGUCAAUGUGUGUGGAUUACGGUAUUCUUUUAUCUUUUCUUUUUUAAGAUGUGCACAAUGUAUUGUGUGUAUUCUGGAUGGGUAUAUAUUUUUGACCCUGUGUGCAGUGCUAUGUUGAGUGUGUUCUUGUGUAUAUAAAAGAUAACCCAAUGUGUGAGAUGCUCCAGCCAACAAAAUUAAAUAACUACAAUAGCAAUAGUCUGGUCAGGAUGGAUUUAAAUUCCCUGCACAGCCUUUGAAUUGCAGUAAAUUCUGUGGUAUUUUAGUGUUGACAAACAUAGUAAAUCUACAUGUUGGUUGCUUGCGCACAACUGACAUGCUGUAAGGUAAACGAAGUGGGUGCUAAAUGUGAAAUAAAGCUAUAUGCUAACUGAAGGGAUGCUACAAGUAUCACAAUAGGCAGCACAGGUCAAGAAAUAGAUUGCCUUUUGUGUUUGUUUCCUUUCUUUGGGUAUUACUGUGCCUCAGAAGUAAACAAUAAAAAAAAACUUCUAAUGCA